AUGUUUGAAAACGGCGUCGGGACGGCGAGUUUUCGCGGAUACAAGCUCGUGGACGAGAUAGUGCUCGAGCUCGAGGUCGGGGGGGGCGCGGAAGACGAGGACGAAGAGCGUGAAGUUCGGCGACCGGGGGCGGGGAGAGUUGGUAUGGCUGGGUUCGACAGCGCGCCCGGGUUCGCGUCGUUCUCGUGGAUGUCGGACGAGGCGUACGAAGAGUACGAAGAAUCGCACGAGCACGAGCACGACGAUGAGGAUGGCGAGGGAUGCGAGCGAUGCGAACGAUGCGAACGAUGCGAACGAUGCGAACGAUCGAGCGAUGCGAACGAAGUCGUGGCGCUUGGGAUGAAGGCCACGACGAGUAUUGUGAAGAAGACGGUAGAAACGACGUCCAUCGUGCGGAAAAAAAUACAACAGACAUCCCUCGCGACGACGAUGAUGCGCGCGACUGAGAGAUUCGAUACCGAGACCAAGCUCAUUUACGGUGGUAUCGCGACGGCCGUGGCUCUUAUCGGAGGUAAACACAGUUUUUCAGCCGAUCGGCGCGCGGCGUCGCCGACUGUGCCGCAGGUGACGACCUCGAUCGUGGCUGAGCGUCCAAAAAAUGUGGUGAAAACGGCAACAGUCGCCCCGUUCGCUCAAAAUUUACCAGCGGUAAAUGCGACCUCGAUGACUUUGCGUCACAAUAAUGCGCUUCCGCCAGUCGUUGCAAAAACCGCUGCGGUAGCUGGUAUCGCGUCUGCGGCUGCAGUUGCCGCUGCGGCAAUCGGCUUCGGUAUCUCUCGCUCUGGCGUUGACGUGCAAAAAGUGCGAUCCAAAUUGGAACGUUUGCCCAGUCUUGCUCAGCCUUUGGAAAGCGAUAGUAGCGCGGUGCGACGCUUAGAAGUACUGCGGCAGUCAAUGAUUCUGGAGUUUGAAACCGAAAUCGAAAAGCUCGGCGCCAUGAAGAAGGAGAAGAAUGAUAACCUCAAGACUCUGAACGACGACUUCAAGCGCCACAUGAAGGAUGUGCAAAUCGAUUCGCUUUCAAGCGCCGGCGCGGGAGGACAAAGCACCGAAGAACUUCAACGUGUGCUCGUAAAGAUGAAAGAGGAGCACGAAACCGCCAUCAAAGCAAACGAAGCUGCCUUCCACGCGCAAGAGGUUACGCUGAAGGGCAGCAUCGAGAGGCUUGAGAAAGCGCUGAAUAUUGCUGAGGAUGCUUUGCACGAAGCGAAAGAGGUGAACAAAUCUAUGGCGACGCGUCAUGAAAUCGAAAUUAGAGCCGCGCGUGGCUUGAUUCGCGCUGAACGCGAACUUGGAAGAAGUGAAGCAAGCAAGUAUCGCGCAUCACGUGACCUGCAGCGCAUGCACCUGGCGACGCUUCGGUCAGAAUUGGCUCUUGCGAAGGUCACCUCUGGAGAACGCCUGUCAUUCCUCGAAGAUCAACUGAAAGCGAUUUGUGCGUCUUAUAGCGAGAGAAUUGUGAAAGAGCGGGCCGAUUUUGCCGCCACGCUCUCAAAAGUACGGGAGCCGGUGGCGGGACUGAUUCAAGACAGUGACUCGACGACUCAGGACGAGUUCCUUUCGAAGAUUGCCGAAAUACGUGCCGAGGCUGAAGUUGAAAUUAGCUCUCUCGUGGCCAAGUACGACAGCGCGAUGCGCGGUGCCGCUGGGGAGCGACGAGCGCUAAAGGCGCUUCUUGAUUCGGAGAUGAACAAGGCCAGUCCUGGACGCAACAUCGAGCGCGGCGCUCCAGUUGAGCGCGCCGAUCCAGUCACAUCGGUUGUCGAUGUAAGCGCUCAAGCGAACGAUGCCAUUCGUGACGCGCAGAUCCAGUUUGAACAGCGCGUGGUUGCUCUGAAGAAGGCGCACAGCGAAGAGAUCGAACGAGUCAAGGCGAGUAACGCCUCAAAGCCGAGCCAGAGCGCGCUGAGCGUCGAUCAAUUCAACGCGGCACUCCGUGAGGAGCAGCUUAAAUUUGAGCAGCGCGUGGUUGCUCUGAAGAAGGCGCACAACGAAGAGAUCGAACGAGUCAAGGCGAGUAACGCCUCAAAGCCGAGCCAGAGCGCGCUGAGCGUCGAUCAAUUUAACGCGGCACUCCGUGAGGAGCAGCUUAACUUUGAGCAGCGCGUGGUUGCUCUGAAGAAGGCGCACAACGAAGAGAUCGAACGAGUCAAGGCGAGUAACGCCUCAAAGCCGAGCCAGAGCGCGCUGAGCGUCGAUCAAUUUAACGCGGCACUCCGUGAGGAGCAGCUUAACUUUGAGCAGCGCGUGGUUGCUCUGAAGAAGGCGCACAACGAAGAGAUCGAACGAGUCAAGGUUUCAAAGAAAUCUCAGGUCGCGGUAUCUCCGGUCGAAAUGCGAAACGACGUGGACGUUGACGCAGUUCGUGACGAAGCUGUGCGUGGAGUUGCGGGCGAGCGUCGUGCGCUCAAGUCGAUGUUCGACUCUGAGAUGCGCAAAGCGAGCGAGCGAACUUUGACGCGGCUUCAAAGUGAAGUUGCCAUAAGCGAAGUUUCGAGUAGCAAGAAGAUGAACGACGCCAUUCGUGACGCGCAGAUCCAGUUUGAGCAGCGUGUGGUUGCUCUGAAGAAGGCGCACAACGAAGAGCUAGAGCGCCUUAAAAGGAGCGCGACGAAGGAUGACGCACCAGCCAAAAUAAAAGCCCUCGAACAGGCGCAUCAGAUGGCGAUACAGACUACAGCCGCUGCUCACGCGACAGCAUUAGAAGACGCACGUAGAGAGUCGGAUAGAAGAGUCACGCAAGCGGAGGAUCGCGCACGUGACGCUAUCUCCAAGUUGAACGAGAGUGAAGCGUCAAAAGCUCAGCUUCUCGCACAGUUUGAAGCCGAGCGCAUCAACGUUAAAUCGAAUCUUGCUUCAGAGCAGGACGCGGUAAAACAGGAUGUAACUACGCUCAAGGAGAUGUAUGAUGAUAUGCUCGUUCGAGCGGUUGCUGAAAUCCAGUCGCUUGCUGAAGCUAGCAAGGUACAACUCGAGUCAGCUCUUAAAUCCACAACUGGAGAACGUAACGCGAUGUACAAAAUGAUGCGCGCCGAGGCGGUUAAGAGAUUGAACCAGUUUGACGCUAACGAAGAAAUCAUAGAUCUCAAGAAGCAGCUGUCUGAGAACAUGGCAAUUGCCGAGGAGCAGCUCGUCGAGGCCGUCGCUGAGCUCAAGGCUGAGAACGAACAGCUGGAGGCUUCAUUGCGCGCAUCGUCCAGCUCAACUGCCGAAGCAAGAGUUCAGCUGAACGACGCCAUUCGUGACGCGCAGAUUCAGUUUGAGCAGCGCGUGGUUGCUCUGAAGAAGGCGCACAACGAAGAGAUCGAACGAGUCCGGGCGGCCAGUAAGGCCAGCACCCACGCUGUGGAAUCUCCUGCAUACUGGGAGAAAAAGAUCAAGGACGUUGAGCUCAUGAAGGAUGCACAGCUGAAGCAGCUCAGGCAGUCGUACGAACAAAAGAUUGCGGAUUUACAAGCCUCAUCCAGCUCGAGUAGUAGCAAAGAUGUGGACGCGCAGGUCGCCGCGCUCAAUAAGCAGUUGGAAGAUGCGCAAAAAGAACGCGAAGAGGCAGUAAAGCGCGCGGUAGCGGAAAUCGUUGCUGAUAAAGACCGGCUGCAAGCCGCGGUUGACGCUGCAAAGUCGCAGCUCGACGCGUCCCUGUGCGAGCUCGAAGAGCUGAAGGCUUUAAUCAAAUCAGACACACCGGGCGUGGACGUGUCGGCGGAGAUUACGGAGCUCCAGCGGCAGCUGCGCGAGCGAACCGAAGUUGAGCGUGAUCUCCGAAAUCAGAUAGCAUCCGCACAGCAGACCGUCAAGUACACUUCGCCGGAAAGCAUUACUUACAAAUUCGAAGACACGUCUAGAAAAACACCGGAAAACACUGCGAAUGUUAACGCGCUAGAGGCCAAGAUCAGCGCGCUCGAGUCGCAGCUGACGGAAAUGCAGAAGACCAAGCGAGAGUAUGACGCGAAGAUUGAGUCACUCAAGGCGUCUGCACGCGCGGCGCCCGCCGUGCCCGCGGCGACGACCGCUGGGAGCGACGAGUCAGCGGCGAAGGAUGCCAUGAUCCUGGAUCUCAAGAAGCAGCUGUCUGAGCAGUCGUGGCGUUUGCAAGAGCAAAAAGCCAUCGCCGAGGAGCAGCUCGUCGAGGCCGUCGCUGAGCUCAAGGCUGAGAACGAACAGCUGGAGGCGUCAUUGCGCGCGUCGUCCGGUUCACCUGUGGACACGAGCGCUCAAGUGAACGACGCCAUUCGUGACGCGCAGAUUCAGUUUGAGCAGCGCGUGGUUGCUCUGAAGAAGGCACACAACGAAGAGAUCGAACGAGUCCGGGCGGCCAGUAAGGCGAGCACUACGACCGGUGUUUCUGACAGAAGCGCCGAAAUCGACGCCCUCAACAAGAAGCUGCAGGAUGCCGAAAACGAUGCCGAAGAGCAAGUUGAGGCGGCUGUCGCGACGAUCCUCGCUGAUAAUGCCAAGCUGCAAGCGGCGGCGGCGGCCGAGAAGGCGCAGCUCGACGCAUCGCUGCGUGAACUCGAGGAGCUCAAGGCAUCAAUGUCCAAGGCGUCUGGUAGUGAUGGUCUCUCGAGCGUCGUGUCCGACCUGCAGGCGCAGCUCUCCAAGCGCUCGUCGAUCGAACUCGAACUCCGAGGUCAAGUCGACGCGGCGAAAGCCGAACUUCAGUCGCUCAAGACUGCGUCGAAGAACGGUGUGAAGUACACACUUCCGCAGUUUAUCAAGUACACAUUCGAGGGCGGUUCCACGGACGACAAGCUGAUGAAGGCUCAGCAGGCCAAGAUCAGCGCGCUCGAGUCGCAGCUGACGGAAAUGCAGAAGACCAAGCGAGAGUAUGACGCGAAGAUUGAGUCACUCAAGGCGUCUGCACGCGCGGCGCCCGCCGUGCCCGCGGCGACGACCGCUGGGAGCGACGAGUCAGCGGCGAAGGAUGCCAUGAUCCUGGAUCUCAAGAAGCAGCUGUCUGAGCAGUCGUGGCGUUUGCAAGAGCAAAAAGCCAUCGCCGAGGAGCAGCUCGUCGAGGCCGUCGCUGAGCUCAAGGCUGAGAACGAACAGCUGGAGGCGUCAUUGCGCGCGUCGUCCGGUUCACCUGUGGACACGAGCGCUCAAGUGAACGACGCCAUUCGUGACGCGCAGAUUCAGUUUGAGCAGCGCGUGGUUGCUCUGAAGAAGGCACACAACGAAGAGAUCGAACGAGUCCGGGCGGCCAGUAAGGCGAGCACUACGACCGGUGUUUCUGACAGAAGCGCCGAAAUCGACGCCCUCAACAAGAAGCUGCAGGAUGCCGAAAACGAUGCCGAAGAGCAAGUUGAGGCGGCUGUCGCGACGAUCCUCGCUGAUAAUGCCAAGCUGCAAGCGGCGGCGGCGGCCGAGAAGGCGCAGCUCGACGCAUCGCUGCGUGAACUCGAGGAGCUCAAGGCAUCAAUGUCCAAGGCGUCUGGUAGUGAUGGUCUCUCGAGCGUCGUGUCCGACCUGCAGGCGCAGCUCUCCAAGCGCUCGUCGAUCGAACUCGAACUCCGAGGUCAAGUCGACGCGGCGAAAGCCGAACUUCAGUCGCUCAAGACUGCGUCGAAGAACGGUGUGAAGUACACACUUCCGCAGUUUAUCAAGUACACAUUCGAGGGCGGUUCCACGGACGACAAGCUGAUGAAGGCUCAGCAGGCCAAGAUCAGCGCGCUCGAGUCGCAGCUGACGGAAAUGCAGAAGACCAAGCGAGAGUAUGACGCGAAGAUUGAGUCACUCAAGGCGUCUGCACGCGCGGCGCCCGCCGUGCCCGCGGCGACGACCGCUGGGAGCGACGAGUCAGCGGCGAAGGAUGCCAUGAUCCUGGAUCUCAAGAAGCAGCUGUCUGAGCAGUCGUGGCGUUUGCAAGAGCAAAAAGCCAUCGCCGAGGAGCAUCUCGUCGAGGCCGUCGCUAGUAUUCAGGCCUUUGCGUCUUCCGAGCUGGCGCAACGCGACGCUUCGUCUCGUUCAAGCGCUGGCGAGCGCCGCGCGCUGUAUGCGAUGAUGCGAAACGAAGCGAUAAAACAGUCCGCAGACGCUAUGGUUGAGUUCACGGCUGAGGUAGCCACUGCCGAGGCUCAAUCAUCUAUUUUCUGGGAACAGAAGAUUCGUGAGGUCGAAGCAGCCAAGGAUGCACAGAUUGAUCGGUUGAAGCAAGAGUAUCAAGGUAAAAUUGAUGCGCUUCAAUCUUCUACUGCGUGGGUGUCGAGUGACGACGAUGAGAUGAAGAAAAUUAAAGCGCAGCUCGCAGCAUCUAAGUCUAGCGAAAGUGAACUUAGAAAACGAGUCGAAUCGACGAAAAAGGACCUCGAAGACCUCAAGCAAAAAAGUAAGGGUGGCAUCAAGUACACGCUGCCUCAAACAGUGACAUAUAAGUUUACUGGCAACAAGGUAGAUGCAUCGCUAGAGAAGGAGCGCGACGCGCUUCAAGCGCAAGUCACACGCCUUGAAUCCCAACUUGACGAGAUGCAAAAGUCCAAGCGGCUCUACGAGCAAACUAUCGCGAACAUGAAAUCGACGUCGAAAACGGACACAGAGACCGCUACGAUUGAUGACCAAGUUGCAGCUCUGAAGAAGCAACUCGCCGAUGCCAACGAAAGCGCCGAACGAGAGCUUAUCCAAGCCGUCGCUGAAAUUCAGGCGUCAGCGGAGGCUGAUCGAGUAGCGUUGGUUGCUUUGGUCAAGUCGGAAGCGGAUGACCGCGUAUCGCAGGAGUCAAAGCUCUUCCAAGAAGAAAAAGAGGCGCUGAUCACGGCUCAGACUCUCGAGAUCGAGACCCUGCAAAACGCCAUGAAAACUUCUCUCGCGAGCGAUGAAACUACAAAGGUAAAGCAAGCUGAGGACUUGUGGAAAGCAAAACUCGAAGAAGUUGAGAGGUCUGCGAAGAUACAGGCUGAUGAAAUCGCCGCGGAGUACGAGGCGACAGUCAAGCGACUGGAACUUCAACUAGAAGAGGUUUCCGAAGGUUACGAAUCGACGAUAAAGAAGCUCAAUAAGACUCUCAAGCGCACGGCGACGGAGACGGAAGCAGAGCUCAGGCUUGAAGUCACUGAGGCUCGCAAGGAGUUGGAUGCGUUUAAACGCAAACAACAGCAAAAGCGUGAGAAGAGUGUAGUUAAGUACACCCUUCCCCAAUCUGUCACGUACAAGUUCGAGGGAAGCACUGGCGAAGUCAAGCGUCUCAAGAAGCAGCGCGACGCGCUUCAAGAAAAGCUUGAGAAACUUGAAGCGGAGUUCGCUACGCAAGCUAAGAGGAGCAGCCCGGACGUGGAAAAGCAUAUCUUCGACUUGGAAGCGCAAAUCAAAGCCGUCCGCGCUGAGCGUGAUCAAGAUGUGCUAUCGGUCACGACAAGACUACAGUCUGAGAAGCUGGAUUCCGAGCGACGACUAGAAAAGGAACUAGAAAAAGCUCGCAAGGGCAUGCAAAAGGCUGAAGAGAAAUACAAGGCUGUUUUGGACAAGGCGAAAGGCGAUCGAGGUGGAAUUUUUGCUAGCAUCAUCGGCGCUUCCCAGGGACAGGACGCGUCCCUUGAUGCUGUAAAUGCUCAGAUCAAAGAUCAAACUGUGCUGUUAUCAGCUGCAGAGACUGAAGCACGCGAUGCGCAAGAGCGCGAAGUCAAGCUUCGUGAGGAAAUAUCGCGUCUGACAUUGGAGUUUGAACAAAAAAGUUCAGCUUCAGCGAAUGAAAUCGCGGCACUCAAAGCAGAGUUGAAGGACGCCGUCAGUAACGCAUCUUCUACUUUUGCCGCCGAGAGUGAAACCACUGUCAAAGAGUACAAGCAACGCAUCUCCGAGCUUGAGUCCAAGCUUAAAAGCGGCGAUGAUACCGUCGCAGCCAUCGCCAAGCUCCAAGCUGAUGCUCAAGAACAGCUCGCGGUAACCGUGGCGCGCCUGAACGAAGAGCGAGAACGUGCGGUUGCCGACGCAGAGACAAAGUAUGCGCUCGAUUUGGCGCGACUUACCGAAAACGCCUCGGCGUCGUUUGAUGAGGAUGACGAGAUGACUGCUGCCGUCGCACAAAUGCUUCGUAAAAUGGCCAAGUUGGAGCAAGAACGUGACGCAUGGCAAUUCGACUCCGUUGCUUGGAAAGAUCAAGCAAAGUCGUACGAAGCGAAUGUGCGCAGUCUUGAAUCCGAACGAGCAGAUAUUUUGGUCAAGUAUCAAAAUAGUCAGGCGAUGUUGGGUUCUAGAAUUUCUGAAAUGAACGCGAUGAAGGAAAAGCACAAUGACGAGAUCGUUCGCGCUGUCGCUCAAACAACGGCUGAUGCUACUUUAGAAUUCAACCAAAAGAUUCAAGAAAGCAAGGAGCACACGCGAGAGGUUGAAGUUCUUCUCGCCGCGUUGCGCGAAGACUUCAAAGAACGCGUGCGAGACUCGGCGCAGCUAAUGAACAAGCAACUCAAGUCACGCGAACGCGAACUUGAGAAGCAAAUCAGACGUGCGCACAGGGAUUAUGCGGAACAGGCGAAGAAAAUGGAGAAUGUCCAGUAUCGACUUGCGAGUGUUCAGGCCGACGAAGCGAAUGUGCGCAGUCUUGAAUCCGAACGAGCAGAUAUUUUGGUCAAGUAUCAAAAUAGUCAGGCGAUGUUGGGUUCUAGAAUUUCUGAAAUGAACGCGAUGAAGGAAAAGCACAAUGACGAGAUCGUUCGCGCUGUCGCUCAAACAAUGGCUGAUGCUACUUUAGAAUUCAACCAAAAGAUUCAAGAAAGCAAGGAGCACACGCGAGAGGUUGAAGUUCUUCUCGCCGCGUUGCGCGAAGACUUCAAAGAACGCGUACGAGACUCGGCGCAGCUAAUGAACAAGCAACUCAAGUCACGCGAACGCGAACUUGAGAAGCAAAUCAGACGUGCGCACAGGGAUUAUGCGGAACAGGCGAAGAAAAUGGAGAAUGUCCAGUAUCGACUUGCGAGUGUUCAGGCCGAGUUUGCCGAAGCGGAGGCGAAAUGGUCCCGUUCGAUGCUUUUGAUGAAGGAAGACUUCGAGCGAAGAUUGAAAUCCGAGCAAGUAACUCUCGCAGAGAAGAUCGCCUUUUAUGAGCAACGCGUUGGUGCACUCACUGAUGAACUCGAUGUCGCAAAGAAGCAAUCUUCGUCAUCGAAGGUGGUAUCGGAAACCUCCGUUCAGCGCCCUCUCUUUGAAUUCAACAAAGGCAAGGUUGCAGCUGAACGAGCCGCGCGCGAAGACGCCGAGCGUAAGCUUCGUGCGGCGCAAAGUGAAAUGGUUACUUUGCGCGAUCAGUUGCUUGCAGCGAAGGAAGAAGCUACGAAAGCGAAGGAAGAUGCGGCGUUGGCGGCUGAAGAAGCGGCGUUGGCGGCUGAAGAAGCGGCGAAGACUUCCGCGCCUUCGCUCUUUGAACGUCUCUUCGGCGCGUCGAAUCGCUCGAUGAAGGAGACGAACGCGUCUACACCGACGGAGUCAGUCAUACAGAAGAGCAAGCCCGCUCAAUCGCCUAGCAAGGUUGCGACGCUCGAGCGUGAUCUUGAAGCCGCCGUGAAGAAACUGAGCGAAUUUAAGACGGCACAAAAGGCUGAAAUCGAGGCGGUAGAGAAAGCAAUGCGCAUCGAAUCCGAAUCAAAGCUUAAGGCUUUGGAAUCCAAAGUUUCUACACUCGAAAAUCAGCUCGCAAACUCUGAGAAGAUUGCGAACCAGAAGUUGGCGUCCGCGAUGGAAGCUGCGAAGGCGGAGCGCGACCGUAUGGAAAAGACUUUGCGCACUGAAAUCGCGGCGGCAAAGAAGCUCACCGAGAGUGCCAAGCUCGCGGCACAGCGUGAAUAUAUCGCGGCUCUGAGAGAGGCGGAAACCACAGCGAAGAAGGCGUUGCGCGAUCAAUUGGCCAUCGCCGCCGCCGAACGCUCAAAAUCUGAAGCGGCGCUUCGUGCGACGGCGAAGAAGGCGAAUGAUAAACUCAAGGCCAAAAUUGCCAACUUUGAAAACAUGCUCAACGAUCGUGAUCUGGAAAUUGAAGCCAAAUUCAACGCGCAGUUUGAUAAGCUAGUCGUAGACUUCCGUCAAGAAGUUGAAACGCUUCAACGGGCUGUGCGCGACGCGGAAAAGCGCGCCGGGCAAACAGGCGGACCGCCGCAAAUAGUCGAGAAGGUCGUCGAGAAGAUUGUUGAGGUUGAAAAGAUUGUUGAGAAGGAAGUUGCGACCUCGACCGGCAGACGUGGCGACGCUGACGCUUACGCCGAAGAGAUAGCCAAAACUCAAGCGAGUCUCAAGGAACUUCGCGAGCGAAGCGAGAUCGAUAUCGCCAAGCUUCGCGAAUCGUACGAGGCACGACUGAGAGACACCAUCGCGGCGAAGGACGCGGCGCUCAAAGCGAGUCGCGAAAAAGCGCUCAAAAUCGUCGCGGAAGAAAAGUCUAAAGCCGAAAAGAGCCUCAGGCUUAGCGUCUCCGAUCGAGAAAAGCAGCUCGAGGCCGACAGACUUGCGCUCGAACGUUCGUUUGAGCAGACGGCAACCGAACGCGAUGAGUACGCCGUGGAGAUCAAGCGCCUCCGCGUUUCCCUCGACGAGGCCAAAAAGCGUCUCCGCGACUUUGUGAACCUGAGCGAUGAAGAACUCAAGGUUCUCGAAGAGUCCAAAAAAGUGGCCGGCGAACUCGACGAUCUCAAAUCCAAAUACGCCGAGUCCAUGGGUAUUUCGGUUCAAGACGUCGAAGCCGAAGACGUCGUCAAAUCGAUGACCAUUUCAUCCCUGCGCAGCGUCAUCACGCGCAAGACAAACACCAACGAAACGAAGAAAACCGCAGCCAGCGCGGUGGAUUAUUUCACGCAGCUCCUCGACAUGUCGAACGAGGACAAGUAA